UCGCUCCUGCUCUAAUUUUAACACUCGGCUGCCGGUGAGCAAAAAUAGACUCAUUAUCUGCCCCACUCCGACCCCGUCCGCAAGUCUGAGUUAGUAGUGCAUUGUUAUAUAUUAUUUUCCCGCAUGCCUCCUUAUCUUCCCCUUCCACCGGGUGAGAUAAGAUAGGCCCCAAGUUUUACCAGUUUGAAAAUUUACAAUAGUCCUCCUCCGCUGCAUCGACAACAUCAAAAAUUUAGAAAAAAAUCAAUCCCAUAAUCACCAAUCUCUGAAUCUCGACUCCUUUCUCGCCUUGGUAGUGUCAUUACUCACUCCAUUCAUCGCACUGUAAAAAACAAUUUGACGGAAGCCCGAGUGUGUGGUGGUGGUGGUGGUGGUGAAGGAAGUGAGUUAUUCUAUGAAUAAGGAUCCUAAUAGGGUGAAACUAUUUUUGAAAAUUUCAUGUUCCUGAUGAUCCUCAAAUAAGUACUUUCAAAAGUAGGAGAAAAAAAACUUGUGCAAUUUUUAACUGUGUAAAGUUCAACUAAAGUUAUUUCGAAACCUCAUUUGGCAAAUUCGUGAUGUUGACUUUGUGAAAUUAAGGACCACUGGGAAACUAUAUGGCCAAUGCCUACUGAAACUGCUGCUACGUUAGGAUUUAACUGUAUUGAUGUGCUGGAUAUUUAUUUAUUCAUGGACGAGAUCUUUGACCGAUUAAGUUUGUCCGUCGAUGAGGAUGAUAAUAACAAUGCAUCAAGAUAAGAGUUAAACCCAUUUCAACUUCGUCAUACAUUCGUUUUUUUUGGGAGGACAAAAAUAACACCGAGAGACAAAAAAUACACCGGAUUCAUCCUUCGUCGGCUGCCGACUUCCAAAAGUCUACAACCAUUCACCUACAUAAAUUAACGUUCCGUCCUGCUAGAAAAAACCAUGGAGAAGGUCCACCUCAGUAAUACUGAUUCUGAAGAUAGUGAAAAUGUCCAUCUUCGAAGUCAAAGCUAGUAUUAAGACAGUAAUUAUAAACGACAUAGGAAAAUCGUCUCGGUGCUUAAAGACUAUACAUAAUCAUUGUCAUACUUAUCAUCAAAGUGUGUGCCACGUGGCUUAGUUAAGUGAUUGUAAUAGUUUGACAAUUAUUGUAAAAUUAUGGGCCACCCCAGGAGUUGGCUCUUGGGCAACGGCCAAAGUAGACGAAUGAUGUCCCUGCAGACGUUACUGAGCAUAUUGCUCUUUGCGGUCCUGGCAUUUGCAAAGGGUUACAACGCUCAAGAGACCGCAACAAAUUCUACAGAUGAUGAUGACGACGACGACGAGGGAAGAUGCGACCCUGGUUUGGUUCUACCCGUGUGGUUACCACAAGAUGAUCUCUCAACGGGUGAUCGAUUCGCCCGUGGACUGGCAUAUUUCUUGGCCAUGAUUUACAUGUUUAUCGGCGUCUCCAUCAUUUCUGACCGAUUCAUGGCCUCGAUUGAAGUGAUCACGUCAAAGGAAAAGGAAAUCAAAGUGAAGCGACCAAAUGGAGAAACGCAAAUUGUUGUCGUGCGAGUGUGGAACGAAACAGUUGCAAAUUUGACAUUGAUGGCCCUCGGAUCCUCCGCACCUGAGAUUUUACUUUCCAUUAUUGAGAUUUACGCCAAGAAUUUUGAGCCCGGUGAUCUCGGUCCUGGUACAAUUGUUGGUUCCGCUGCAUUCAAUCUGCUUGUCAUCAUUGCCAUCUGCGUGUAUGUCAUCCCGGACGGUGAGGUCCGAAAAAUCAAGCAUUUAAGAGUAUUCGCCGUCACCGCCACAUGGUCCAUCUUUGCUUAUCUGUGGCUUUUGGUUAUCUUAAAGUUCAUUACUCCUGGAGUAGUCGACUUAUGGGAAGGAAUUAUCACUUUCCUCUUCUUUCCGGCCACCGUCAUCACCGCUUACAUUGCUGACCGACGACUUCUCAUUUACAAAUAUCUCCAUAAAGGUUACCGUCUCAACAAGCGAGGUGUCAUUGUAGAAGGUGAAAUUGGUUCUGAAAUGGACAAAGUUAAUGUGGAAUCCGGUGGGCUCAGAAUCUUUGAAGAGGAAAAUGUCAGUGAUGAAGUUCGAGAAUUUGAAGAAAGUCGGCGAGAUUAUAUCAAAAUUUUGAGAGAGUUACGAAAGAAACAUCCAGACAUUGAUGCGGAGCAUUUGGAAACAAUGGCAAGGUCAUACUUGAUCGACAAAGGACCUAAAUCUAGGGCAUUCUACCGAAUGCAAGCGACCAGGAAACUCAUGGGUGGUCAAAAUCUGAUGAAAAAGAUGCAGGAGAAAGCUGCCUCUGAGGCGAGCGUGGAAGGAGUUGGAAGAACGGAUGCUGUUGAAAAGAAAGAAGAUGACCACAUCUCCAAAAUCUAUUUUGACCCUGGACAUUACACUGUACUCGAAAAUGUUGGAGAGUUUCAUGUCACGGUUAUUCGAGAUGGUGGUGAUCCAAACUUGAGUAUACUUGUGGAUUACAAAACUGAAGAUGGUACAGCCUCAGGAGAUGCUGAUUAUAAAUCUGCUGCUGGAACAAUAACCUUCGGACCAGGGGAAACCUCAAAGGCUAUAACUUUGGAAGUCAUUGAUGACGAUGUGUUUGAAGAAGAUGAGCAUUUUUACGUCAGAUUGAGCAAUGCGCGUUUCGCUGAUGGCAGUGUAAUUCAAGCGAAUGGAGCUGCAGGUCAGUUUCCCAAGCCUCAAGAGGUGCAUCUCAGUACUCCAUUUCUGGCGACGGUCAUCAUUCUUGACGACGAUCAUUGUGGCAUCUUCAACCUUGGGCAAAAAGAUAUUGAGACGGUGGAAAGCAUUGGAGUGUACGACGUCAAAGUUACUCGUUGGUCUGGGGCGAGGGGGCGAGUGGUCGUGCCUUACGAGACGGAAGAUGGGACUGCAAAAGCUGGAAAGGAUUUCGUGCACAUCGAGGGCGAAGUUAUUUUUGAGAAUAACGAGACAGAGAAAUACAUACCAGUUGAAAUUAUUGAAGAAGACAGCUACGAGAAAGACGUUUUGUUCUAUUUGAAUCUCAAGGAACCCAAACUAAUUGAAGAUGAAGGAGCAGCAAUGGCAUUAUUAACGAAAGACAGGUCGCAGUUGGACGAGGAUGAGAAGAUUGCAAUCGAAGGGUUGCCCAAACUAGGAAGUGAUAUUCGAGCUCAGAUUCGUGUAAAGGAGAGCAAAGAAUUCAAGAACACGGUUGAUAAGUUGGUGCAACGUGCCAAUGCAUCUCUCUUGGUCGGUACAUCCUCAUGGAAAGAACAAUUUAUCGAGGCUAUCACAGUCAGCGCCGGAGACGAAGAGGGUGGCGGUGAUGAUGAGGAGGAAGGCGAGGCUGAGGAGAAAGUCCCAUCCUGCGGAGACUACGUAAUGCAUUUCCUCACCAUCUUCUGGAAAAUUCUCUUUGCCUUUGUCCCUCCCACUGCAAUCGGCGACGGGUACGUGACGUUUGUAAUCUCAAUUCUUAUGAUUGGCGUCCUUACGGCGUUCAUUGGGGACUUGGCCAGCCAUCUGGGUUGCACAGUUGGGCUCAAAGACGCUGUGACCGCCAUCGCGUUCGUCGCCUUGGGCACCUCCGUACCAGAUACAUUUGCCAGCAAAGUAGCAGCUAUUCAAGACGAAUAUGCAGACGCAUCUGUGGGAAACGUGACAGGAAGUAAUGCUGUGAACGUGUUCCUCGGUAUCGGCAUUGCUUGGACGAUGGCAGCAAUUUAUCACGAGUUUUUCAAACCAGCAAAUGAUCCUGGUUGUCCAGCCCUCCUCAAGAAGGGUCACCCGACUUGCUUCAAGUUUUAUGUUGAUCCCGGGAGCUUGGCAUACUCAGUGACGGUGUUUUGCUCAGUGGCCCUCGUGGCGAUUGCGGUGAUGGUAAUGAGGCGUCACAAAGCCGUUGGUGGUGAGCUGGGUGGUCCAAUCAAGUUCAAGUAUGCCACCUCGGCCUUCUUUUUCUUCCUCUGGGUGGUUUACGUCUUCAUGUCAUCCCUGGAGGCUUAUGGAGUCGUCCAAGGCUUCUAAGUCUGAAACAAAUCUAGUCUGAAAUGUGUUUGUUUGGCAGAGGCUCAAAUUGAAGUACGUACAUAAAUAAGUAGAGGAUUUUUUUAUCAGCAAAGAUGCGACGCAAAAAAGGCCAAAUUUCAAAAGACGGGACGCGAGAGGAGGUAUUGCGGAGAUUACCACCAUGAAAUUCCUGACAACACAAAUUUUGCUAUUCAUUCAUUCAUCAUACAAAUACUGCGACUAUUCAGCCCUGCUGAAUACUUAAUGUUACUUGUUACAUUAUUUACGUUAUCUUACGUAUUUUAAUUAUGAUUUCGUCGAGAGUCGUCUUUCCAACAAUGUACGUUUAUUGUCAAACAACAUUGGACUGUGCAAGCACAAGUCUUUUAUGUCCAUGUCAUUCAUACCGCUAUUUUUAGAUGUACCACUAAAACUCUAAUUGUUUUAUGCGCACAUAAAUUCCAAAUUUUCCACCUGACGCUGGAAACCAUCAAUUAUCAAUAAAUAGAGAGAUUAAUUAACCUUGCUGAUUAAUGGCGUUGUCCACGUGUAAUCGUAUAUACCUUAUCAGAGUGCAUUUAUAAAACCAACGUCUUAUUGGUCUGGGACCUUUUCAACUUUCACUUUUAACUCAAACAAGAAAGCAACCAAAAGGAAAACAUAUUCAUCUAUUGUACAUAUUUCUAGGUAUCUAAUACAUAGGCCAAAUAUGUAGAUAGUUUGAAAUGUAUGUCAUAGUUUUAAUUGUAUGUAUAACGAUUAAUGCUGAUGGUAAAUGCUACCACUAUUUCAUGGCAUUUGAAAAUGUAGUAGAAAUUUUUGGUUGUUGUUUAAUUUCUUGACAGUUUAAUAAUUUGUAGUCCGUCAAUACUUAUUUAUUAAUCAAUUUUUGGGUGCUUUAAAAUCAAAACCGAUCGUGAAACUGUUUUAUACAAAAUGUAAAAGUGUGUGUGCAAACAUUGAUGCUAACAAACCUAACACAAGAAAAAGCUUUAAGAUACUGUACUUAUUUAGCAUAAAGUGAUAAGUAUGCAGGUAGGUAGGCACCGUAUAAAGAUGUAAUUAACUAAAUUGAUGGUUUGUACCUUUGCAUUUAUUUAAAAAGUACACAACGAGUUGAGUUAAUCAAUACCAUCAUAUGAAAUAGUCUUACACACCUAUAAUUAAAAUCCUUGUUGUUAUCCAUUAAAAAUUAACCCAUUAAUAAGUGCUGACAGUGUUUAUAUCGUUCAUUCCAAAUCCAUAUAAUGUCUCCCUUUUGAAGUGGAUGAUGUGGCUGAUCCUCUUGUAACUUUAUCAUGAAUCCUACUUUAUUAAAUUUUUGAAUUAUCUUCCGUUACUCUAAAGCGUCCAAUACGUGUGUUUUGAGGUUUUGACUUUUGACGUAUGUAAGUAUACCAAGAAUUUAAAAGGCCUAUAUUUCUCAGAUUAAAGUAGUUGUUAAUUGAACAAACCCCAAUUUGAUGAUCUGAAGAUUCAUGUAAAUGUCCAAGUGGCUGACGACACUUCAAAAUGUUUGACCGACUUCCGAUUAUGCUAUAUACUCAGACAUAAGAUCUUAUCAUGAUACCACUAAUUAAAUAAUAGUACAUAAUAUACUAUUUCCAUGUGAUAAAAUAUUAUCUCUCCUCCCUUUUAAUUGUACAUACAAAUACAUAAUAAUAAUGUUAUUUACUAUUUACUACGUUAUUAGACACCCUUUAUUAUAAUGGGAGGUGGUUGAGUUAGGUUUGAUUAUACUUAAAAAAUAUGUGCUAAAUGUUAUCACGUCCCUCUUCUUAAAGGGCUGAAAGCAACAAGGAAGCAAGAUACUGAUUGAAAUGGUGUUCUAUUUACUAAGGAAUUUUCAGAAACGGUCCAACCGAAUUAUUCUGAAAAUCAUUUGGUGUAAAAAAAAUACUUGUUACUAUAAAUAUCGUUACCUUAUAGGUUACUUCUUACGUGAGGUAUUAUAUUAUGUAUCUAGAAAAUGUCAUAGGUAAAAAUUUAGAAAGACGGAGGACGGAAAUCAUAAUAUUUAAUCGUGAUCGAUUCAACAACAAACAAUUAUGUAUCAGUUAAGCUGCUGCUGACUUGUAAAGACAAUUAAUUAGUUUAGUUUGAAAAUCCUUCAUUAUUUGAGGUUGGUGGACCCUGAACAAAAUUGUACCGAAUUUGAGUUGAGAUAAAUCCGGUGAUGUUAUUGUUAACUGCAUGCCCAACAAGAUUUUAAAUUAUUAGGAUUAUUAUCGGGAAACCGUUUGCCAAAUUAAAUAACUAUACACCAUCAUAGCGUAAUGAUAAAUGUUAUGUGGAUGGAAAUUAUAUUGAAAAGUAAUUAUAUCGUUUUUCAGGAACAUCUAUUUAUUAAUAAAUAAAUAAGUAUGGUAUUGAGAUACUGAA